CCGCGCGCGCCCAGCCGCAGGAAUGUUCUGUUCGGCCCUGCGGCGCGCGCGCGGAGGGAGAGGGAGGAGCCAGGCCUGGGAAUGAGGGGGUGGAGGUAGUGCAGGUCCCUGGGCUCUGGAGAACUGCCGCGCUCAGGGGACCUCCAUGUUCCCCUCUCCCCAGUCCUCCGCGAAACCCCUGCCUGUACAGACUUGUGUAAAAAAAAAAAGGACUAUUGGGGGGAGGGGGAAACUCCGAAGGAAAUGCGUGUGCUUGGUUCCUCCACUCCUUCCCCCAUCCCCGGUCGGGGCACGCGCCUGAGUGCAAAAGCUUGCAAAGCCUCCCGGCUGUAGAGAGAGAAUUCUUGCAAGCAUUCUCCCGAGCCAGGUGUGUCUGCAAAAACGUGUGUGUACACCUCUGAUUUUAUGCGCGUGCAGACAUGCAUGUGCACUAUUGCAUAUUUGCAAAUGCGUGGUGCCUGCCAAAAUAAAUGCAUGCACGGAUGUGUGUCUUAAGCAAGCAAGCGCGCGGCGGUGCGAGUGUGUGUGUGUGUGUGUGUGUGUGUGUAUGUGUGUGUAUAUAUGUGUGUGUGCGCUCCACUCCCAGCUCUGCUCAUCUUGGUGCCCGGCCCCCUUAGCUCUCUAAGCCCCACCCCCCACCCCUCUAGGCUUCGCUUUUACAAAAGGUCUCCCCAGUGCUAGCUGCCGAGGCGCCCAGAGUGAGCUAGACCGCGGCAGGAGCGGCAGCCCCGGCUCUGCGCCCCGCCCAGUCCCUUUCCCCUGCUGGGGAUCCCCCUCUUCCCCGCCCACCCCUUACCCCCCAUGCAGCCCGGCGCCCUACGCUAGCCCUCCCCCUCCCCCCCUCCAGGAGCGGGGCGCCGCCGGGGGAGGAGGGGGAAUCGGCUGCGGGUUCUCGGUGUUCCCAGCACCCAGCUUCCCUCCAAGCCGGGUCGCGAUGUACGACUGCAUGGAAACAUUUGCCCCGGGUCCGCGACGGCUGUACGGGGCAGGCGGACCCGGGGCUGGCUUGCUGCGCAGAGCCGCCGGCAGCUCCUGUUUCGCCGGACUCGAGUCUUUUGCCUGGCCGCAACCCGCCAGUCUGCAGUCGGUGGAGACGCAGAGCACUAGCUCAGAGGAGAUGGUGCCAAGCUCGCCCUCGCCCCCUCCACCUCCCCGGGUCUACAAGCCGUGCUUCGUGUGCAAUGACAAGUCCUCUGGCUACCACUAUGGGGUCAGCUCUUGUGAAGGCUGCAAGGGCUUCUUCCGUCGCAGCAUCCAGAAGAACAUGGUGUACACAUGUCAUCGCGACAAAAACUGUAUCAUCAACAAGGUGACCCGGAAUCGUUGCCAGUACUGCCGGCUACAGAAAUGCUUUGAAGUUGGCAUGUCCAAGGAAGCCGUACGGAAUGAUCGCAACAAGAAGAAGAAAGAGGUGAAGGAAGAAGGGUCGCUUGACAGCUAUGAGCUGAGCCCCCAGUUAGAAGAGCUCAUCACCAAGGUCAGCAAGGCCCAUCAGGAGACCUUCCCCUCGCUCUGCCAGCUGGGCAAGUACACCACGAACUCCAGUGCAGACCACCGGGUGCAGCUGGAUCUGGGGCUGUGGGACAAGUUCAGCGAGCUGGCCACCAAGUGCAUCAUCAAGAUCGUGGAGUUUGCCAAGCGGUUACCUGGCUUCACCGGUCUCAGCAUUGCUGACCAGAUCACUCUGCUCAAGGCCGCCUGCCUGGACAUCCUGAUGCUGCGGAUCUGCACAAGGUACACCCCAGAGCAGGACACUAUGACCUUCUCCGAUGGGCUGACCCUGAACCGGACUCAGAUGCACAACGCCGGCUUCGGGCCUCUCACAGACCUCGUCUUUGCCUUCGCUGGGCAGCUCCUGCCGCUGGAGAUGGACGACACAGAGACAGGCCUGCUCAGCGCCAUCUGCCUCAUCUGCGGAGACCGCAUGGACCUGGAGGAGCCUGAGAAAGUGGACAAGCUGCAGGAACCGCUGCUUGAAGCCCUGAGGCUCUAUGCCCGGCGCCGGCGGCCCAGUCAGCCCUAUAUGUUCCCCAGGAUGCUCAUGAAGAUCACUGACCUCCGGGGCAUCAGCACCAAGGGAGCAGAAAGGGCCAUUACCCUGAAGAUGGAGAUUCCAGGCCCGAUGCCUCCCCUGAUCCGAGAAAUGCUGGAGAACCCCGAAAUGUUUGAGGACGACUCCUCGCAGCCUGGCCCUCACCCCAAGGCCUCCAGCGAGGAUGAGGUUCCCGGGGGCCAGGGCAGAGGGGGCCGCAGCCCCCAUCCUGACCAGGGUCUCUGACUUCCCCUGCCUUGGGGGUUGGGGCUCUAGGCAGCAGACUGACCAUCUCCCAGACACCGCCAGUGACUGGGGGAGGACCUGCUCUGCCCUCUCCCCACCCCUUCCAAUGAGCUCCUUAUUUUUGCCAAAGUUUCCAGGGGUGCCUCUGUGUUCAUCCCCAUCUUGCUCUAACCAGCUCCCUCUCCAGUCCUGGGGGCCUGCCCUGUUCCCUCCAGGAGAGAGGGCAGAGGGGUGAGCCUGGGUUUGGACUCUGAAAUCUUAGCACUGCCCCUCAGACACCAGGGUCCAGGCUCCCCAGGGCAGGAAGAAGACCCUUCAUUCCACAGCCCCUUCUUCUGCUGGGUGCUUAGGCCUCUGGGAGCAAACAGGAACACUAGAGACCAAAAAGGGGGCCAUAGGGGGAGGGCCGAGCCCACCCUCUUGCCCCUGUCCUUGGUGCCUAAUGCUGCGUGAGGCACCUGCCGGGUGCAUCCUGCCCGCUGUGCCCCAUCCUCAUGCCAGGUCAGAGUGGGGCAGCCCGGGCCCUGCAUUUCUGCUGGGGGGCGGGCAGAGGGUGAAAGGGACAGAUGUGGAUCACUCCGCACCUCUUCACUGGGGCCUCCGUUAUAAGCCCCCAGCCCUGUCACGUGCCUUGGGCCCCCCUGCCCCUCAUCUCAGCCACGGGGCAGGGACCCUCCUACACUACAGAGGGGCCAGGGGAUCCCUCUCCCCCUAGUGCCUUCCCCCUUGACCCCCCAGAGCAGCUUGGCCCAGGGAGAGGUGGGGUGGGCACUGCUUAGCUGAUCCCGCCCUGACCCAGAGGAAGCCUCUAUUUAUUUAUUAGCUUUUGUUUACACCCUGGAAUUGACCCCUUCCUCCAGGGGACUUGGGAGGGGGAGCCCAGGGCCCCUGUGACCCCUCCCUUCCUCCAAUCCCCAGUUUGUAUUUAGCUGCCAAAUAAGAUUCCCACUGGCUCCCCUUUUUCUCUGGGGGGUCCGGGUGCUGUCCCCUCCCCUCUGUUUACAUUUCUCCUCCACCCCCCACCCCCGCCCCGCUGUAUCGCAUAUUGCUGAGUUUUCUAUUUUUGCAAAAUAAAGUGAUGGAAACUCA